GUCCAACAUACCUAAUGGCAAGCCCAACAGGCCAACAUAGCUAAAUAGCUAAUAGCCGCUCUUUCUCUCCUAGUCUCCUCUAGCCUUUUCCCAUCCCUUUUACUUUUUGCUUUUACUUUUUUCCUUUUCUCGUCCUCCUUUCUGGAGCUCUCCUUUUGUUUUUCUUUCUUGGCCACUAACCAAAAUAGUUAAUUAGGAAUAAAUUGAUUCUCUUUUAAUUGCUUUGUCCACUCUCCAGUCCCCACUCUAGCUACACUAAUGGUUCGACCAUUCACUUGACUGUGGUCCUUCAUUGUUAUGACCACCUUGCAUGAAUUAAAGACUGAGGAUUUGAAGGACCAUAAAGGCUCGAAGAUCAAAGGGACAUUUGCAAGAGUGGCUUGGAAACAAUGCCACACAUAUUUUUUCUUUGUCCUUACACGUGUAGGGUAUGAGAAAAAAUAAAGAAUUGGUUGGGCUUAACAAGGGAGAUGACCACUCUAAGCAGCUCGGUCAAAUGGAUUUUGAAGGACCAUAAAGGCUCGAAGAUCAAAGGGAAAGCUGUCCGGAUUGCCUUCUGCGCCGCGGUUUACUACCUAUGGCACGCUAGGAAUGCCAACAGAUUUGAUGAGGGGGACGUCAAGGAAGAUGAAGUCGUCGCAAAAAUUAAGCAUGUGGUAUAUAAAAUACUUUUCAAUAUAUACCCACAUGACUUGAUUACCUUUUCAGUUGAAGGCCGUAGCAUGGAUAUUAUGGAUGCCGCGGUUUGGACAGACUGCUACAUGAGUGUUUUUGGAUGCCGAGGCAUGGAUAUAUUGGAUGCCGAGGCCUGGACGGCUUUGGUCAUUGUGGCAUGGGCAUCGUGGAUACCACGACAUUAAUCAGGGUCUUGGAUUUUAGGGUGUUUGCAUCUUGCAACACCUUUGUAUUCUGUUUUUGAUUUUAUGAUUUGUGUGUGUGCUUUGGCAGCACCGAUGUAUUUUUGAACCUCUACUUGGUGAUUUUUUUAAAUAGAGUAGAUAAAAAAAAACUCCUUUCACCCUCACAUUAUGUGUGUGUGGGGAGGGGGGUUAGGAGAUCUAGUUUAUGUGAUGUAUAAUUUUCUGGGUG